AUGAACCUCGAGGUUGAUUAUGGAGGUUCCAGCAGCAGCGGCAAUGGAAAGCUGCGCCACUGGCUCAUCGAGCAGGUGGACUGUGGGAAGUAUCCUGGACUUGUGUGGGAGAACAACGAGAAGAGCGUCUUCAGGAUACCGUGGAAACACGCUGGAAAACAGGACUACAAUCGAGACGAGGACGCCGCACUGUUCAAGGCCUGGGCACUGUUCAAGGGCAAGUUUCGGGAGGGGGUUGACAAGCCAGACCCACCGACAUGGAAGACCCGUCUUCGCUGUGCUCUCAACAAGAGCAAUGACUUUGAGGAGCUGGUAGACAGGAGCCAGCUGGACAUCUCUGAUCCAUACAAGGUGUACCGCAUCAUCCCUGAGAGUGCCAAGAAAAGUCAAAUCACUAAACCACUGUCGUUUGCUGACUGCGUUGGAGACGAACUGCCGCUCGGGUGGGAGGAAGUUUACGACCAGCAAGUGGGCGUUUACUACAUCGACCACAUCAACAAGACCACCCAGAUUGAGAACCCACGGACUCAAUGGCGGCAAGAGCAGGAGCGUAUGUUGAAAGAGUACCUGGUCGUGGCCCAGGAGGCCCUGAGAGCCAAGAAGGAGAUGUACCUGGUGAAGCAGCAGCGUCUGGAGCUGGCUCAGCAGGAAAUGCUGCUCUUCCACGAGCUGUCCGAGGACAACCGCUCCAUCACCAGCACUCUCUCCGGCUCGUCCUCGAGUGCUAAAUACGACCCUGACCAAAUCAAAGUGGAGAUCGCCUGCAGACGAGAGCGGCUCUCCAGACUCAAGCAGGAACUGGCCCAGGUGAAGCAGGAGCUGCAGUAUAAGGAGAUGGGAGUGGAGACGCUGCAGGAGAUUGACAGGAAGAUUUCGUGCUGUCAGACCCACUACAAGCUGGACGAGGCUCAGGCCAUUUUCACGGAGCUGCGCAGCAUCAAGAAGGCCAUCAGCUGUGGGGAGAAGGAGAGGCAGGACCUCAUCCAGAGUCUAGCCAAGCUGACGGUGAACUUCCAGAGCAGCUCGUCCAUCAUUGACUCGGUCGGUGGUGAAGUGGUGAACAGCAGUGGUGGGUUACACGUGGGUGAUUCAUGUCAGCAGCAGCAGCAGCAGCAGCAGCAGCAGUUCUGUGACACAGGCUGUCAGACCGACAUCAUGGGAGGAGAGUAUGGUUCCCAGGAUUCUUCUCAUCUGGUGGACAAAGUGAAACUCAACUGGCAGCACGAGGAAGCUAAGAAAAAGGUGCAGAGCAUACAGCACCAGCUAGCACAGUUGGACAGUGAGAGCUGGACGGGGCGGGCGGAGGCGGACCGCGACCGUGACUUCCUGCAGCUCCUGCGUGAGAAGGAGGCUCUCCUGCAGGAGAUCAUCCUGGUCAGCAGGCAGCAGCCUCCUCAUGAGACGCUGCUGCAACUGGAGGAGGAGCGGUGCAGGCUGGAGGAGGAGGUGCAGAGGGCACACAGCUCCCAGAGCCAGGGAGCCAAUCAGAGGAUCCUGCAGCAAGAGAAGAGGAAUGUUCUGCUGAGGCAGCUGGAGGAGGCCACACGCAUCACCACCUACCUUCACUCUCAGCUCAAGAGCUUGUCGGCCAGUUCUCUGACCGUCUCGACCAGCAGCAGUCGUGGUUCUCUGGCGUCUAGCCGAGGCUCGCUGGCGUCUAGUCGCGGCUCCCUUAGCUCCAUCAGCUUCAGCGACAUCUAUGGACUGCCCCAGUACGAGCGCCACGAGGGGGCGCUGGAGCCGCUCGAGUCUCACCUGCGCUACCUGCUGCCUCCAGAGGCGGCGACGUCCAGAGACUGCUCCAUGUUCAACCCCGACCCGCUGACCCAGAGCAAAACCAAGCGCUCCCACGACACGCCGCAGUCCCUUGCCUCGCUCUCCUCCCGCUCUUCGCUCUCCUCCCUGUCUCCGCCCAGCUCUCCGCUGGACACGCCCUAUCACUCCGCCCCUCAGGACUGCCCGCUCACACAGAUGACGGAGGAGUACAUGGAGCAGGCGGGCCGCGGCCUGUUAGAGGGGCUGAGGGCACAGACCCUGACCACGCACACGACCGUGAUGAGCAGCGAGGACGUGGUCAACGCUGCCACCAGCACCGCAACCAAUGCCACAGUCCAUCAGCCAGACAACAAGAGUCACAGAGACGCCAGCGCUCAGGCGGCGUUUACCUCCACAGGAGUGACUCUGAGAGGAAACAGUGCAAACAGGAGUAGCAGAAGAGCGAGGAGAGUCUCUACAGGAGUGUGUGAAGACGCUCUGGCCACAGACAGUGGUGUGUUCGAGGCCUGGGGUCGAAGGACGGAGGAGACGGAGGACAUGUCCUACAUCAAAGAGUCUGUGAGCGAAGACACGCAGAUCCAACUGGGACUGCUGUGGGAGUGUGAGUGUCAGUGUGUACGCCUCCAUGUGCUGCAGCUGAAGAAUGUAAACAUGUCUGUUGUGAGGGACGGACACAAAGUGUAUGUGAAGGUGCACCUCACUCCCCUGGACGUGGGCGGAGCCUGUGCCUUUUACUGUUGCAGUGCGCUGGAGCCUCAGACUCACAUGAGCUUCAAUGAAGGGUUCCGUGUUCCUGUCGCGGUCGGCGCUCUGACCGUGUGCGGCCUCCAGCUGUCCGUCUGCUCGCUAGGACCUCAGGCUCAGGAGGAGCUGCUGGGUACAGCUCAGCUGAGUCUGUCAGACUGUGAUGGAAGCACAGAGAUGGUUUAUCACUGGCUCAGAGUCCAGAUGUUGAGUGGCUCAGAUCUGCUGCAGCCUGAGCUGAAGAACAUCUGUCAGAGGAGACUUCAUGAAGAAGAGGAAGACGAGCAAAGACCCACAGCCACGGACCCCGGCGUUUCCUCUCUGAUGUCUCACUCCACAAACGCCUCUGCUCGUCUGGAGGACGUGGAGAAGAAGGACGAGCGCGUGGAGGCGACGUCUGAGAGGAGCUGGCAGGCGGAGUCAGUGGACAGCGGCUGCGGCAACAGCACAGCGUUCACUGCUCCCUGCUUAGAGGGAGGAGCCUGUGCAGAAGGCACAUGCGUCACCACCGUAGGGCGCUGUGGUCAGACACCGAGUAAACGCUGCGUGAUAAAGGUGGAAAAGUCCACGAUGACCGACGCGGUUUUCCCAGAACCAAUCAGAGUGCGAGCUAAAGAGAGAGGCGGGCGCUGGGGCCACGCCUCCCCGUUUAUGAGAGGAAGCACCAUCGUUCGCUCGCAGACGUUUUCUCCUGGAGCUCGGAGUCAGUACGUGUGCAGGUUGUAUCGCAGUGACAGUGACAGCUCCACUUUACCAAAGAAAUCACCUUUUGUCAGAAACACGUUGGAAAGAAGAACCCUGCGAUAUAAACAGCAGCAGCAGACGUACCACUCGUCUCUGGCCGAGCAGCCGACACGGACGUCUCUGGACCUGGAGCUGGACCUCCAGGCCUGCAGGACGCGUCAGCGGCAGCUGAUGGAGGAAGUGAGCGCGCUCAGAGAGCUGAAGCUGCGACUGGAGGAGCCGCAGAGCAGAGACGCCGCCGCCGAGCUGCCGCACUGGGCGCUGAGAGACGAACGCUUCCGCUGUCUGCUGAGAGAGGCUCAGCGUCAGGCGAGUCAGAGCAAACAGGAGCAGCGUCAGGAGGAGGCGGUGGAGAGGAGGAUGAGGAAAGCUUCAAAAGAAGUUCUUCAGAUGAGAGGACAGAGUCAGAAAGAGCCGCUGCCCGUUCACACCUUCAGAGAGAGGAUGGCGUUCUUCACCAGACCCAGGUUUAACAUAAACAUCCCUCCACUUCCUGCCGACGACGUCUGAAUAAUUUUCCUCCACAAAAAAAACAUGAAGUAUUUUUUUUCCUCAUGAAGUACAAAAGUUAUUUCCACCAGGAGGCGCUGUGACGCACGUCCACCAGAAGGUUUUUGAUAUUUUCACGUCUUUGACACGACAGUUGUUUGAAGAGAGCAAAACAAACAAACUUUUAUUUCCUUCUUUGAGGAAAAACACUCACGCUCUCUCUCUCUCCGUGUCUCUCCAUGUCUCUCUGUCGAGGACGAGAACCAAACAUUCACUGUACUGUAACUUAUUUUAUAGUACUUUUCCUUGAAGGAAAUUUCAAAAUAAAAGACGCUUCCUGCUUUUUUUUAAGUGUAUUUUGUAGCUUUGAACAAAUAGCACUUCAGUGUUUUUUUUCCUCUGUUACUGAAUUCUUAAGAAUUAUUUACAUCAAAUGUCACUUUGUAUCCACUUUUAUUACCGAUGUCCUUUUAUGUUAUUAAAAUUAAUAUUAUUUCAUGUACUUUUCAAUAUAUGGAUGAAAAUAUGAGACACUGUAUUUUUCUGUAUGAACAUCUGCAGUGUUUUUACCUCGUGAAGAUUAAUAAAAACAUUAAGCGAU